AUGGCGCCCACUAGUCUUCGAUCUCUCACACUCCGUGCUCUCCGUGCACCAAUCACAACGACAAGGCCGUCUUGCCGAUUCCUCACUACACGAUCUUCCACCGCGCUACAAACCCCUCCCACAGCCCGCAACCACUCUACAUCUUCCGUUUCUAGCGAUGAAGUCACCCACUUCACUUCUCUCGCCAGCUCAUGGUGGGAUCCAAUGGGCUCAUCCAGGAUUCUGCACCUGAUGAACCCACUUCGUCACGAAUUCAUUGCAUCCUGCCUAGCAGAUAGUCCUCCACCAACCUCUCCAGAGUCCUCCGAGACCUCCGCAAAUCUCCACUACCUAGACAUAGGCUGUGGCGGCGGCAUCUUCGCUGAAUCACUAGCGCGCACUAUCCCUCUCGACCCAUCCGCUCCAGCACCGACGCCAACGCGCGCCGCAUCAAUGACAGCCAUCGAUCCUACAACGUCAUUAAUCCAAGUCGCGCGCGAACACGCCCGUCUAGACCCGCUAGUUGACUCCCACCUACGCAGUGGCAAGUUCCAGUACCUAAACACCACAUUGGAAGAUGUCCUCGCAUCUACAAAUCCCGCUUCGUCCGAAUCAGCAACACCCUCUUCAAAACCCAAACAUCCGCAAUAUGACAUGGUCACCCUCUUCGAAGUCCUCGAACACAUCGAUCCUACAACCACAACACCACUUGCAUUCUUGGAAAACUGCUUACGCGCGUUAAAACCAGGUGGCUGGCUCAUUGGCUCUACAAUCUCCCGCACCGUCCCGUCUUUCAUUCUGAACCGGGUCAUUGCUGAGGCUCCUUGGCCUUUUGGAGUCGUGCCCCGUGGUACGCAUGAGUGGAGCAAGUUUGUGAAUCCUGCCGAACUUCACGGUUGGCUACAGGAAGGCUUGAUGCGUACUGCUGACUCUGGUGUCACGCGUGCCGGGCCAAGUGUCUUGCAUGAUAUGCGGUGGAAGUGUGUCGGUGCCAUCUAUGUGCCUGGUUUGGGGUGGAAGAUGGUCCCUGGCUCCGAGGAUUGGGGCAACUACUUCUGGGCUGUGCAAAAGGGAAUCUAG